UUGUUUAAGAUUAUUUUUAUCUAAAUUAUCUAAUAAAUGGUAAAUUACUGACAAGUAGUUCAAUAUUUACAAUAGUUUUUACAAACCGCACAUCAUAAUUUUGAUUUCUACCUUUCUGAAAAGUGUCUAAUUUUUUCGAAUGAGAAUUUUUCUUCUCUAAAAAAUUUUAUAUAAUGUAUGAAUUAUUCAUCAUGUAGUGAUAAAACCGAGACAAACUAACUGCAAACAAGCUGUCAUCACGGUUUGCAUAUACGACCCAACAAGAGUUGACGCGCCAUCGUCGCGCUAUAACCCAAGCCCCCAACCAUCCAUUACCUACUUACAAGCUGGUAGUGGUUGGUGACGGUGGUGUGGGUAAGAGCGCUAUUACUAUUCAAUUUUUUCAAAAAAUGUUUGUUGCUGAUUAUGAUCCAACUAUUGAAGAUAGUUAUAUACAGCAUGCUUGUGUUGAUGAAGAAUUUUGUAUUCUAGAUGUUUUAGAUACUGCUGGCCAAGAAGAAUUCAGUGCAAUGCGUGAACAAUACAUGAGAAAAGGAGAUGGCUUUAUGAUUGUUUACUCAGUAACUGAUCCAAACAGUUUCAAAAACGUUCCUAAUUUUUUUACUCAAAUACUUAGGGUAAAAGAUAGAGACCAAUAUCCUAUACUAUUAGUUGCUAAUAAGGUAGAUUUGGUGCAUUUACGGAAAAUAUCUGAGAGAGAAGGACGUGAAAUGGCCAACAAAUUAAAUUUACCUUACAUGGAAACAAGUGCUAAAGAUCCACCUCAAAAUAUUGAUGGUGCUUUUCAUGAGGUGGUUCGUAUAAUUAGAAACCAUCCUAAGGAAAACUCUGAGGAUCGCCGUAGAAGACGUCCUAAAUGUUGCAUUAUGUAAAAAUAUAUUUUAUUUUGAAUAUGCUUAAUGUGAAUGUUAUAAAUAAAAUGUGUUAUUCAAUAAAUAUGAUUAAUAAUAUUAAAAGUACUAUUUUAAGCCAAAAUUGUCAAAAAUAAUUAUUUAACAUAAAAACAUAUUCAAAUGCUAAAUGAAGCCUAAAGAAUAUUUUAAACGAUGAUUUUUUUUUAUUUGACUUUACAUCUGU